AUGAAAGUCAUUGAGGGCCUUGAUGUGGGCAGGGACACAGUUCGGGUGGCCGUGGUUCUGUACAGCACGGACCCCGAGGUUCAGUUCUUUCUAAACACCUAUGAGAACAAAGCCGCUGUCCUGGAUGCAGUGAAGGCCAUUCAGUUCACAGGCAGCAAUGAGGCUAACCUUGGAGCCGCCUUGGAGAAAGUCGCUGAGAGCCUGUUGAGUCCGGCAUCAGGGGGCAGGGCAGAGGAGGGGGUGCCCCAAGCUCUGGUGGUUAUCAGUGCUGGACCGUCCAAUGACGAUUUCAGUGCAGGUGACAGGGCCCUUAAGGCAGCAAGAGUUAUCACGUUUGGCGUAGUGGUCGGCGGCACGGCCACCGCCGAGCUGGAGACUAUCGCCACAGACAAGAGCUUUGUUCUGUCGGCCCCCGAUUUCAGGGCAGUGGCAAGCAUGGGUGACCAGCUGCUACCAUACGUUAACGGGGUGGCCCAGCGUACCAUUGUCGUUCAGAAUGAAUUCACAGAAGCCUUGGAAGUGGGAAAAAGGGACAUCAUUUUUCUCAUUGACAGCACUAUGGGUGCCACAACGAUCAACUCUCUUCGUGAGUUUAUCAAAAGGUUUGUUGACACCAUGCUAAUCGGACCGGACCAAGUGCAAGUAGGUGUGGCCCAGUUCAGCAAUGCUGCCAGGCUUGAGAUAGACCUGAACACAUAUGGAUCCAAGGAGGACCUGAAUGCGGCUCUGGGAAGACUCAAGCCAAGACCGGGACAAGUGGUGAACAUUGGGGUGGCCCUGGACUUUGUGAGGACCAACAUGCUGAGGGCUGACAAAGGGAGUCGUAUUCAGCAGGGUGUGCCCCAGCUGGUGCUGUUGAUGACCAGUAAAAAGUCCAGUGACAGUGUGGGGCAGGCUGCUGAGGCACUGCAGCGCAUGGGGGUUCUGACCCUGGCUGCCGGCUCCAAGACUGCCGAUGAGCAGGAGCUGAAGCAGAUUGCCUUUGAUGAGAGUUUGGUGUUCAUGCUGCAGGACUUCAGCAUAUUGCUUCGCAACCCAGGGACGAUUGUCUCUCUCCUCUCCACUCUAUCUGGGGUUGUGGUGACCGAGGGAACCACAGAGCCAGUGGUUGAAAUUACAACAUUGCAGACCCAGAGAGUAGUCAGAGACAUCGUCUUUAUGGUGGAUGGCUCUAGCUACAUUGGGGGCGCCAAUCUUCCAUAUGUGCGGGAUUUCAUUGUCGGCGUGGUAAACCUGCUGGACGUGCGGCCCGACAGGGUGCGCAUUGGCCUUAUGCAGUUUGCAGAGAACCCAAAGAUCGAAUUCUACCUGAACACGCACAACACAAAGCAAGAUGUGCUGGCUAAAGUUGGUCAGCUCAGGCUAAUGGGAGGGUCUGCUUUGAACACUGGAGCGGCUAUGGAUUAUUAUGUCAGGGACAAUGUCUUUACUGCCUCCUCCGGAAGUAGGCGCCUUGAAGGUGUUCCACAGAUUCUGAUACUGCUGAAUGGUGGAAGGUCCUUUGACAAUGUAGAUACACCAGCGUCUGCUCUCAAGGAGCUUGGUGUCUUGGUGUUUGGAAUUGGAACAAGGAGCUCUGAUAGCAGAGAAUUACAAAAAAUAUCCUAUGACCCCAGUUAUGCUCUUUCCGUGUCUGAAUUUACUGACCUCCCCAACGUCCAACAGCAGCUUCUUUCUGCUAUGAGCACUGUCAUUGUACAGGUCACAACCAUGACACCAACAAUUCUAGUUGAGAGUCAGGCUCCCAGGAGGGAUGUCGUGUUCUUGCUGGAUGGAUCUGAUGGCACUAGGAGUGGAUUCCCAGCAAUGCGGGACUUUGUUCAAAGAGUAGUGGAGACACUCGGUGUGGAUGAGAACAAAGAUCGCGUGGCUGUGGUCCAGUACAGUAGAGAUCCAGCCGCCCAAUUCUAUCUGAACACAUACACAACAAAAGGAGUGAUUCUCGACACUGUAAGAGGUCUGAGACACAAAGGUGGGAGACCUCUCAACACUGGAGCAGCUCUCCAGUACGUGAGAGACAAUGUCUUUACUGCCUCCUCCGGAAGUCGACGCACUGAAGGUGUUCCACAGUUACUGAUUCUGCUGAGUGGUGGAAGGUCCUCUGACAAUGUUGACACUCCAGCUUCUGCUCUGAAGGAGCUUGGGGUCUUGAUCUUUGGAAUUGGAACAAGGAGCUCUGAUAGCAGAGAAUUGCAGAGGAUAUCACAUGAUCCCAGUUACGCUCUGUCUGUCUCUGACUUCACUGACCUUCCAAACAUCCAGCAGCAACUUCUGUCCUCGGUGGAGGCAGUUGUUAUUGACGUUACGCCAGAAUCGACAACAGAUUUAGUUGAUCAUGACACCUCCAGAAAGGAUGUGGUAUUCCUUGUGGAUGGUUCUGAUGGCACAAGGAAUGGAUUCCCAGCAAUGCGUGAUUUUGUUCAGAGAGUAGUGGGGAAACUCAAUGUGGGAGGAGACAAAGACCGCGUUUCUGUUGUCCAGUACGGUAGAGAUCAAGAAGUUAAUUUCUAUCUGAACACAUACACCACAAAGGAGGACAUUCUUAACACUGUGAGAAGUCUGAGGCACAGAGGAGGUAGACCCCUUAACACUGGGGCAGCCCUCCAAUACGUAAGGGACAACGUCCUUACUGCCUCCUCUGGAAGCAGAAGCCAAGAGGGCGUCCCUCAGAUGCUGAUACUGCUGAGUGGGGGAAGGUCCAGUGAUAAUGUUGACAUACCAGCUUCUGCCCUGAAAGAGAGUGGGGUCUUGAUCUUUGGCAUUGGAACCAGAAAUUCCAGCAGAGAGGUUCAAAGGAUUGCCACUGAUCCUAGUUUUUCCCAGUCUGUUUCUGAAUUCACUGACCUCCCCAGCGUCCAGGAGCAGUUUUUCUCCUCACUCAUAACUGUACAAGUUGAGGCCACACCCACAACCCCGACAGUCGUAGUGGACCAAAGCAUUGCCAGAAAGGAUGUAGUAUUCCUGCUGGAUGGUUCUGAUGGCACUAGGAAUGGCUUUCCAGCAAUGCGUGACUUUGUUCAAAGAGUGGUAGAGAAACUCACUGUGGAGGAGAACAGAGAUCGAGUCUCUGUGGUCCAGUAUAGCAGAGAAUCAGAGGCCCACUUCUAUCUGAACACUUACACAACCAAGGAAGAUGUUGUGGACACCGUAAAAGGCCUGAGGCACAAAGGAGGGAGACCCCUCAACACUGGGGCAGCUCUCCAGUAUGUCAGGGACAAUGUCUUUACUGCCUCCUCCGGAAGUAGGCGCCUUGAAGGUGUUCCACAGAUUCUGAUACUGCUGAAUGGUGGAAGGUCCUUUGACAAUGUAGAUACACCAGCGUCUGCUCUCAAGGAGCUUGGUGUCUUGGUGUUUGGAAUUGGAACAAGGAGCUCUGAUAGCAGAGAAUUACAAAAAAUAUCCUAUGACCCCAGUUAUGCUCUUUCCGUGUCUGAAUUUACUGACCUCCCCAACGUCCAACAGCAGCUUCUUUCUGCUAUGAGCACUGUCAUUGUACAGGUCACAACCAUGACACCAACAAUCCUAGGUAAGAAAAAUAUGGUUUUGAUCAGUUCCAUUUGCACUCUUACAUCAGGAUUUGAGUAUUUGAUACACUCAGUCCAAUUUGAGAGUCAGGCUCCCAGGAGGGAUGUCGUGUUCUUGCUGGAUGGAUCUGAUGGCACUAGGAGUGGAUUCCCAGCAAUGCGGGACUUUGUUCAAAGAGUAGUGGAGACACUCGGUGUGGAUGAGAACAAAGAUCGCGUGGCUGUCGUCCAGUACAGUAGAGAUCCAGCCGCCCAAUUCUAUCUGAACACAUACACAACAAAAGGAGAGAUUCUCGACACUGUAAGAGGUCUGAGACACAAAGGUGGGAGACCUCUCAACACUGGAGCAGCUCUCCAGUACGUGAGAGACAAUGUCUUUACUGCCUCCUCCGGAAGUCGACGCACUGAAGGUGUUCCACAGUUACUGAUUCUGCUGAGUGGUGGAAGGUCCUCUGACAAUGUUGACACUCCAGCUUCUGCUCUGAAGGAGCUUGGGGUCUUGAUCUUUGGAAUUGGAACAAGGAGCUCUGAUAGCAGAGAAUUGCAGAGGAUAUCACAUGAUCCCAGUUACGCUCUGUCUGUCUCUGACUUCACUGACCUUCCAAACAUCCAGCAGCAACUUCUGUCCUCGGUGGAGGCAGUUGUUAUUGACGUUACGCCAGAAUCGACAACAGAUUUAGUUGAUCAUGACACCUCCAGAAAGGAUGUGGUAUUCCUUGUGGAUGGUUCUGAUGGCACAAGGAAUGGAUUCCCAGCAAUGCGUGAUUUUGUUCAGAGAGUAGUGGGGAAACUCAAUGUGGGAGGAGACAAAGACCGUGUUUCUGUUGUCCAGUACGGUAGAGAUCAAGAAGUUAAUUUCUAUCUGAACACAUACACCACAAAGGAGGACAUUCUUAACACUGUGAGAAGUCUGAGGCACAGAGGAGGUAGACCCCUUAACACUGGGGCAGCCCUCCAAUACGUAAGGGACAACGUCCUUACUGCCUCCUCUGGAAGCAGAAGCCAAGAGGGCGUCCCUCAGAUGCUGAUACUGCUGAGUGGGGGAAGGUCCAGUGAUAAUGUUGACAUACCAGCUUCUGCCCUGAAAGAGAGUGGGGUCUUGAUCUUUGGCAUUGGAACCAGAAAUUCCAGCAGAGAGGUUCAAAGGAUUGCCACUGAUCCUAGUUUUUCCCAGUCUGUUUCUGAAUUCACUGACCUCCCCAGCGUCCAGGAGCAGUUUUUCUCCUCACUCAUAACUGUACAAGUUGAGGCCACACCCAUAACCCCGACAGUCGUAGUGGACCAAAGCAUUGCCAGAAAGGAUGUAGUAUUCCUGCUGGAUGGUUCUGAUGGCACUAGGACUGGCUUUCCAGCAAUGCGUGACUUUGUUCAAAGAGUGGUAGAGAAACUCACUGUGGAGGAGAACAGAGAUCGAGUCUCUGUGGUCCAGUAUAGCAGAGAAUCAGAGGCCCACUUCUAUCUGAACACUUACACAACCAAGGAAGAUGUUGUGGACACCGUAAAAGGCCUGAGGCACAAAGGAGGGAGACCCCUCAACACUGGGGCAGCUCUCCAGUAUGUCAGGGACAAUGUCUUUACUGCCUCCUCCGGAAGUAGGCGCCUUGAAGGUGUUCCACAGAUUCUGAUACUGCUGAAUGGUGGAAGGUCCUUUGACAAUGUAGAUACACCAGCGUCUGCUCUCAAGGAGCUUGGUGUCUUGGUGUUUGGAAUUGGAACAAGGAGCUCUGAUAGCAGAGAAUUACAAAAAAUAUCCUAUGACCCCAGUUAUGCUCUUUCCGUGUCUGAAUUUACUGACCUCCCCAACGUCCAACAGCAGCUUCUUUCUGCUAUGAGCACUGUCAUUGUACAGGUCACAACCAUGACACCAACAAUCCUAGGUAAGAAAAAUAUGGUUUUGAUCAGUUCCAUUUGCACUCUUACAUCAGGAUUUGAGUAUUUGAUAAGAGUAGUGGGGAAACUCAAUGUGGGAGGAGACAAAGACCGCGUUUCUGUUGUCCAGUACGGUAGAGAUCAAGAAGUUAAUUUCUAUCUGAACACAUACACCACAAAGGAGGACAUUCUUAACACUGUGAGAAGUCUGAGGCACAGAGGAGGUAGACCCCUUAACACUGGGGCAGCCCUCCAAUACGUAAGGGACAACGUCCUUACUGCCUCCUCUGGAAGCAGAAGCCAAGAGGGCGUCUCUCAGAUGCUGAUACUGCUGAGUGGGGGAAGGUCCAGUGAUAAUGUUGACAUACCAGCUUCUGCCCUGAAAGAGAGUGGGGUCUUGAUCUUUGGCAUUGGAACCAGAAAUUCCAGCAGAGAGGUUCAAAGGAUUGCCACUGAUCCUAGUUUUUCCCAGUCUGUUUCUGAAUUCACUGACCUCCCCAGCGUCCAGGAGCAGUUUUUCUCCUCACUCAUAACUGUACAAGUUGAGGCCACACCCAUAACCCCGACAGUCGUAGUGGACCAAAGCAUUGCCAGAAAGGAUGUAGUAUUCCUGCUGGAUGGUUCUGAUGGCACUAGGACUGGCUUUCCAGCAAUGCGUGACUUUGUUCAAAGAGUGGUAGAGAAACUCACUGUGGAGGAGAACAGAGAUCGAGUCUCUGUGGUCCAGUAUAGCAGAGAAUCAGAGGCCCACUUCUAUCUGAACACUUACACAACCAAGGAAGAUGUUGUGGACACCGUAAAAGGCCUGAGGCACAAAGGAGGGAGACCCCUCAACACUGGGGCAGCUCUCCAGUAUGUCAGGGACAAUGUCUUUACUGCCUCCUCCGGAAGUAGGCGCCUUGAAGGUGUUCCACAGAUUCUGAUACUGCUGAAUGGUGGAAGGUCCUUUGACAAUGUAGAUACACCAGCGUCUGCUCUCAAGGAGCUUGGUGUCUUGGUGUUUGGAAUUGGAACAAGGAGCUCUGAUAGCAGAGAAUUACAAAAAAUAUCCUAUGACCCCAGUUAUGCUCUUUCCGUGUCUGAAUUUACUGACCUCCCCAACGUCCAACAGCAGCUUCUUUCUGCUAUGAGCACUGUCAUUGUACAGGUCACAACCAUGACACCAACAAUUCUAGUUGAGAGUCAGGCUCCCAGGAGGGAUGUCGUGUUCUUGCUGGAUGGAUCUGAUGGCACUAGGAGUGGAUUCCCAGCAAUGCGGGACUUUGUUCAAAGAGUAGUGGAGACACUCGGUGUGGAUGAGAACAAAGAUCGCGUGGCUGUGGUCCAGUACAGUAGAGAUCCAGCCGCCCAAUUCUAUCUGAACACAUACACAACAAAAGGAGAGAUUCUCGACACUGUAAGAGGUCUGAGACACAAAGGUGGGAGACCUCUCAACACUGGAGCAGCUCUCCAGUACGUGAGAGACAAUGUCUUUACUGCCUCCUCCGGAAGUCGACGCACUGAAGGUGUUCCACAGUUACUGAUUCUGCUGAGUGGUGGAAGGUCCUCUGACAAUGUUGACACUCCAGCUUCUGCUCUGAAGGAGCUUGGGGUCUUGAUCUUUGGAAUUGGAACAAGGAGCUCUGAUAGCAGAGAAUUGCAGAGGAUAUCACAUGAUCCCAGUUACGCUCUGUCUGUCUCUGACUUCACUGACCUUCCAAACAUCCAGCAGCAACUUCUGUCCUCGGUUGAGGCAGUUGUUAUUGACGUUACGCCAGAAUCGACAACAGAUUUAGUUGAUCAUGACACCUCCAGAAAGGAUGUGGUAUUCCUUGUGGAUGGUUCUGAUGGCACAAGGAAUGGAUUCCCAGCAAUGCGUGAUUUUGUUCAGAGAGUAGUGGGGAAACUCAAUGUGGGAGGAGACAAAGACCGCGUUUCUGUUGUCCAGUACGGUAGAGAUCAAGAAGUUAAUUUCUAUCUGAACACAUACACCACAAAGGAGGACAUUCUUAACACUGUGAGAAGUCUGAGGCACAGAGGAGGUAGACCCCUUAACACUGGGGCAGCCCUCCAAUACGUAAGGGACAACGUCCUUACUGCCUCCUCUGGAAGCAGAAGCCAAGAGGGCGUCCCUCAGAUGCUGAUACUGCUGAGUGGGGGAAGGUCCAGUGAUAAUGUUGACAUACCAGCUUCUGCCCUGAAAGAGAGUGGGGUCUUGAUCUUUGGCAUUGGAACCAGAAAUUCCAGCAGAGAGGUUCAAAGGAUUGCCACUGAUCCUAGUUUUUCCCAGUCUGUUUCUGAAUUCACUGACCUCCCCAGCGUCCAGGAGCAGUUUUUCUCCUCACUCAUAACUGUACAAGUUGAGGCCACACCCACAACCCCGACAGUCGUAGUGGACCAAAGCAUUGCCAGAAAGGAUGUAGUAUUCCUGCUGGAUGGUUCUGAUGGCACUAGGAAUGGCUUUCCAGCAAUGCGUGACUUUGUUCAAAGAGUGGUAGAGAAACUCACUGUGGAGGAGAACAGAGAUCGAGUCUCUGUGGUCCAGUAUAGCAGAGAAUCAGAGGCCCACUUCUAUCUGAACACUUACACAACCAAGGAAGAUGUUGUGGACACCGUAAAAGGCCUGAGGCACAAAGGAGGGAGACCCCUCAACACUGGGGCAGCUCUCCAGUAUGUCAGGGACAAUGUCUUUACUGCCUCCUCCGGAAGUAGGCGCCUUGAAGGUGUUCCACAGAUUCUGAUACUGCUGAAUGGUGGAAGGUCCUUUGACAAUGUAGAUACACCAGCGUCUGCUCUCAAGGAGCUUGGUGUCUUGGUGUUUGGAAUUGGAACAAGGAGCUCUGAUAGCAGAGAAUUACAAAAAAUAUCCUAUGACCCCAGUUAUGCUCUUUCCGUGUCUGAAUUUACUGACCUCCCCAACGUCCAACAGCAGCUUCUUUCUGCUAUGAGCACUGUCAUUGUACAGGUCACAACCAUGACACCAACAAUCCUAGGUAAGAAAAAUAUGGUUUUGAUCAUUGAGAGUCAGGCUCCCAGGAGGGAUGUCGUGUUCUUGCUGGAUGGAUCUGAUGGCACUAGGAGUGGAUUCCCAGCAAUGCGGGACUUUGUUCAAAGAGUAGUGGAGACACUCGGUGUGGAUGAGAACAAAGAUCGCGUGGCUGUCGUCCAGUACAGUAGAGAUCCAGCCGCCCAAUUCUAUCUGAACACAUACACAACAAAAGGAGAGAUUCUCGACACUGUAAGAGGUCUGAGACACAAAGGUGGGAGACCUCUCAACACUGGAGCAGCUCUCCAGUACGUGAGAGACAAUGUCUUUACUGCCUCCUCCGGAAGUCGACGCACUGAAGGUGUUCCACAGUUACUGAUUCUGCUGAGUGGUGGAAGGUCCUCUGACAAUGUUGACACUCCAGCUUCUGCUCUGAAGGAGCUUGGGGUCUUGAUCUUUGGAAUUGGAACAAGGAGCUCUGAUAGCAGAGAAUUGCAGAGGAUAUCACAUGAUCCCAGUUACGCUCUGUCUGUCUCUGACUUCACUGACCUUCCAAACAUCCAGCAGCAACUUCUGUCCUCGGUGGAGGCAGUUGUUAUUGACGUUACGCCAGAAUCGACAACAGAUUUAGUGGACCAAAGCAUUGCCAGAAAGGAUGUAGUAUUCCUGCUGGAUGGUUCUGAUGGCACUAGGAAUGGCUUUCCAGCAAUGCGUGACUUUGUUCAAAGAGUGGUAGAGAAACUCACUGUGGAGGAGAACAGAGAUCGAGUCUCUGUGGUCCAGUAUAGCAGAGAAUCAGAGGCCCACUUCUAUCUGAACACUUACACAACCAAGGAAGAUGUUGUGGACACCGUAAAAGGCCUGAGGCACAAAGGAGGGAGACCCCUCAACACUGGGGCAGCUCUCCAGUAUGUCAGGGACAAUGUCUUUACUGCCUCCUCCGGAAUUGAGAGUCAGGCUCCCAGGAGGGAUGUCGUGUUCUUGCUGGAUGGAUCUGAUGGCACUAGGAGUGGAUUCCCAGCAAUGCGGGACUUUGUUCAAAGAGUAGUGGAGACACUCGGUGUGGAUGAGAACAAAGAUCGCGUGGCUGUCGUCCAGUACAGUAGAGAUCCAGCCGCCCAAUUCUAUCUGAACACAUACACAACAAAAGGAGAGAUUCUCGACACUGUAAGAGGUCUGAGACACAAAGGUGGGAGACCUCUCAACACUGGAGCAGCUCUCCAGUACGUGAGAGACAAUGUCUUUACUGCCUCCUCCGGAAGUCGACGCACUGAAGGUGUUCCACAGUUACUGAUUCUGCUGAGUGGUGGAAGGUCCUCUGACAAUGUUGACACUCCAGCUUCUGCUCUGAAGGAGCUUGGGGUCUUGAUCUUUGGAAUUGGAACAAGGAGCUCUGAUAGCAGAGAAUUGCAGAGGAUAUCACAUGAUCCCAGUUACGCUCUGUCUGUCUCUGACUUCACUGACCUUCCAAACAUCCAGCAGCAACUUCUGUCCUCGGUGGAGGCAGUUGUUAUUGACGUUACGCCAGAAUCGACAACAGAUUUAGUGGACCAAAGCAUUGCCAGAAAGGAUGUAGUAUUCCUGCUGGAUGGUUCUGAUGGCACUAGGACUGGCUUUCCAGCAAUGCGUGACUUUGUUCAAAGAGUGGUAGAGAAACUCACUGUGGAGGAGAACAGAGAUCGAGUCUCUGUGGUCCAGUAUAGCAGAGAAUCAGAGGCCCACUUCUAUCUGAACACUUACACAACCAAGGAAGAUGUUGUGGACACCGUAAAAGGCCUGAGGCACAAAGGAGGGAGACCCCUCAACACUGGGGCAGCUCUCCAGUAUGUCAGGGACAAUGUCUUUACUGCCUCCUCCGGAAUUUCUGAACAUUCACAUUCUCUAGUUGAGAGUCAGGCUCCCAGGAGGGAUGUCGUGUUCUUGCUGGAUGGAUCUGAUGGCACUAGGAGUGGAUUCCCAGCAAUGCGGGACUUUGUUCAAAGAGUAGUGGAGACACUCGGUGUGGAUGAGAACAAAGAUCGCGUGGCUGUGGUCCAGUACAGUAGAGAUCCAGCCGCCCAAUUCUAUCUGAACACAUACACAACAAAAGGAGAGAUUCUCGACACUGUAAGAGGUCUGAGACACAAAGGUGGGAGACCUCUCAACACUGGAGCAGCUCUCCAGUACGUGAGAGACAAUGUCUUUACUGCCUCCUCCGGAAGUCGACGCACUGAAGGUGUUCCACAGUUACUGAUUCUGCUGAGUGGUGGAAGGUCCUCUGACAAUGUUGACACUCCAGCUUCUGCUCUGAAGGAGCUUGGGGUCUUGAUCUUUGGAAUUGGAACAAGGAGCUCUGAUAGCAGAGAAUUGCAGAGGAUAUCACAUGAUCCCAGUUACGCUCUGUCUGUCUCUGACUUCACUGACCUUCCAAACAUCCAGCAGCAACUUCUGUCCUCGGUGGAGGCAGUUGUUAUUGACAUUACGCCAGAAUCGACAACAGAUUUAGCUCAGUCCCAGGGUCCCAAGAAGGAUAUCGUCUUCCUUGUCGAUGGCUCAGAUGGCGUUGGACGGGAGUUCCCCAUCAUCCAGGAGUUCAUCCGCAGGAUUGUGGAGAAACUCAACGUGGGCGAGAACAAGAUCAGGAUUGGUGUGGUGCAGUAUGGCGACUCCCCCGAUGCAGAUAUCAAUCUGAACUCCCACACAACCAAGGAGGGGGUUAUGAACGCUGUCAAGGGACUGCGUCAGCGAGGCGGCCGGGACCGUAACCUGGGUCAGGCAUUGGAGUUUGUCAGUAACGAAGUGCUGAAUGCUCAAAAUGGCGGCAGGAAGGAAGAGGGCGUCCCACAGUUCCUGAUUGUCGUCUCCGGCGGGAAGUCCACAGAUGAAAUCAGUCGACCUGCGACAUCACUGAAGCAGUCCGGCAUUUUUCCCUUCAGCAUCGGGACCAGAGAUGUUAACCCUCAGGAGCUUCAGGUUGUCUCCUAUGUUCCCAACUUUGCCCACACUGUAGAGGACUUCCCUGGCCUGUACACAGUGCAGGACACACUGAUCACCACGCUCACAGAGUUGUCAGAUGAGGACAUCGCCAGGCUGCGCCCUGUAAUCCCAAAUCUGGAUGUCACCACAACCAUAGUAUCCACUGGCGGAGAAAAGAGGGAUGUGGUUUUCCUCAUUGACGGCACAACAGCUGUGCGCAGCGAGUUCCCCGCCAUCCGUGACAUGAUUGGGAGGGUCGUGGAAAAGCUAGACGUGGGUCUGGAUCGGGUGAGGGUGUCAGUGGUGCAGUACAGCGACGGUGCCAAGGUGGAGUUCCACCUGAACAAGCACUCCACCAAAGACGAGGUCCGCCAGGCCACGAAGAAGCUUCAGAGCAGCGGUGGGAACCGUCGGAACACUGGCCGUGCCCUUGAAUGGAUCUCCAAGAACAUCUACCAGAGAUCAGCAGGUAGCCGCAUUGAGGAGGGAGUUCCUCAGUUCCUCAUUCUAGUCACAGGGGGAAAGUCCAACGAUGACGUCUCUGGACCGGUUAAUCAGCUGAAGACCAACCUGGUUGCCCCUUUAGCCAUCGGCACAAAGAAUGCCGACCCCAAUGAACUGAGGCAGAUCGCCCUAAAGCCAGAACUUGCCUACUCCAUUAACAACUUUGGGCAGCUUCCAACAGUGGAGCAGCAGCUUAUUGCUUCAGUCAACACCAUGACCACCACUGACAUCUCCAGCAGUUUUGUUCCCCCAGUUUUGGAUAUUGCUAACCUCAACAUGGGGAGGAAAGAUAUCAUCUUUCUCAUCGAUGGCUCGGACACCACAGGCUCCAAUGGCAUCGCCCACAUCCGUGACUUCAUCCUCAACAUCGUUCAGCAACUAGAUGUGCAACUUGACCAGGUCCGGGUCGCUGUCGUCCAAUAUUCCGACAAGGUCAAGACCGAGUUCUCUCUCAACUCCCACAACAAAAAACCAGCUGUGCUCUCAGCCAUUAAAAGACUACGCCAGCAGGGUGGAAGAUCAUCCGAUCUGGCCAACGCCAUCGAGUAUGUGAUCAGGAAUGAGCUGAAAGCCUCGGCGGGUGUCCGGCUUGCGGAGGCCUCCCAGCAUCUAGUGGUCCUUACUGGCGGAAGGUCCCCCACUGACGUGUCCGUGUACGGCCCUCUGCUUAAAGGCUCCCGAGUUAACUGCAUCGGCAUCGGGGCUGGUGGAGCAGACUCAAGGCAGCUCAACCAGAUUGCCACCAGCUCUGCCGAUGUUCUCCAGGUACCCGCUUUCCCCGGCUUGCCAGUCAUUAAGGAGAGGUUUAUUACCAGGCUGAACGGAACAAUCCCUGAUGAGGCACCUACAGAUUUUGUCGACCCAAGCCUCCCUAAAGCCAAGGUUGCUGAUAUUGUAUUCUUGGUGGACGGCUCCAUCAACCUGGGCAAGGACAACUUCAAGGAGGUGAUGGGGUUCAUCCAGAACCUCAUCGACCUCUUCUUCACUGAGCGUGACAACCUGCAGAUUGGCCUGGCGAGCUACACCACCGACGUCACCGACGUGUUCUACCUCAAUACCUACAAGGACAAGGACGACAUAAUCGACGCCAUCAGCCGCACCGAGUACAAGGGCGGCCGCAGGAUCAACACGGGCACCGCCAUACGCCACGUGCAGGAGAACCACUUCAUCAAAGGUAAAGGCAGCAGGAAGGAUGAGGGCAUCCCCCAGAUCCUGAUGAUCAUCACUGGCGGAAGGUCGGCCGACGACAGCAAGACCGCAGCUCUGGCGUUGAAGGCCACCGGCGUGCGCAUCUACGCUGUCGGCGUGGGUGACAUUGAGGACGAGUUGAACAACCUGGCGAGCGAGGCCUCCACAGUGGCCAGGGCAAGCACGUUUGUGGAGCUCUCUGAGCUCAACGAGCAAAUCCUUGAGACAUUGGACGACGAGUUGAAGGGAGUCAAGCUAUGCACUGGCGUGAGCCAGGAGCCCUCAAAGAACUGCAGUCUGGAGGUGUUGGUAGGCUUUGAUGUGUCCUCACCAAACAUCUUCCAGGCCCAGAGGAUCCUGGAGUCCAAGAUGGGUGCCAUCCUCCAAAGGAUCACCAAGAUGACGGGCAUCAGUUGCUCGUCGGGCCAGAUCCCAUCGAUCCAGGUGGGCAUCCUGGCCAUGGAUGCCGCCUCAGAACCCGUCCACCUGGAGUUCACGAACAACGCCGACAUGCUGUUCGAGGCCUUCCGAGCACUGCGCGCCCGCGGACCCUACUUCCUCAACGCCAAGACCAUUGCCGCAUAUGGUUCCAGGUUCAAAAGCCGAGCAGCAGAUGCGGUCAAGGUUGUGAUCCAUCUGACUGAUGGUCUGGAUGGCCAGUAUAAUGAAAUGAAGAGACAGGUUGAAGAACUUAAGAUUUCAGGUGUGAACAGCUUUAUCCUGGUGGGUCUGGAGCGGGUACCCAGGUUUGAGGAGGCCGUGCUCCUGGAGUUUGGCCGUGGCUUCAGGUACACCAGACCCCUCAGAGUUAAUGUCAUGGACUUGGACUACGAGCUUCUGGAGGAACUGGACAACAUUGCUGAGAGGGAGUGUUGCGCGGUGCCAUGCAAAUGCACCGGCACAAGGGGAGACAGAGGAGCAGUCGGACUUGGAGGACUGAAGGGUGGUCCAGGCGGAGCAGGUGGAGCAGGACAUCCCGGAGAUGAGGGUGGAUCCGGAGACAGAGGUCCUCUUGGUGUCAAUGGAACUCAAGGUUUCCAGGGAUGUCCUGGACAGAGGGGCAUCAAGGGUGGUCGUGGGUACUCUGGAGAAAAGGGUGAAUUUGGAGAGAUUGGCCUGGAUGGCAUCAAUGGAGAAGAGGGCAAGAGUGGAGUCGCUGGACCCCCAGGAGACAGAGGAAACCCUGGGAGAAGGGGAACCAAAGGAACUAAAGGACAUGCAGGAGACAUCGGGGAUACCGGAAUCCGAGGAGAUCCUGGAACCACAGGGCAAGAUAACAACGUGGCUGGACCUAAAGGAGACCCAGGCGACGUCGGCCCAGUGGGAGAGCCAGGGGAAGAUGGUAAGAUGGGAGACCCCGGUGAACCAGGCAGGACGGGUUCUGAUGGUAGAAGAGGCCCAGCCGGACAAGCUGGAAACCCUGGCAGUUCCGGAGGUAACGGUGUGCAGGGAGAGCCUGGUAUCGGAGGAUCCAGGGGCCAAGCUGGACCAAUUGGUGCACCUGGAACCAGAGGUGAGGACGGGAACCCUGGACCAAGGGGCCCAGGAGGAGCCCAGGGACCCCCCGGAAACAAUGGCAGGAGAGGACCUCUCGGUCGCAAGGGUGAGCCAGGAGAGCCCGGACCCAAUGGCAUCGUGGGACCUCUGGGACCUCGUGGUGAGCCUGGCGAAGAUGGUCGAGAUGGAUUUGGAAUCGCAGGGCCCAAAGGAAGAAAGGGUGAUGAGGGCUUCCCAGGAUUCCCAGGACCAAAGGGAGCGGCAGGUGAUGGCGGAACCAAUGGCGGACCAGGACCCAUAGGAAACCGUGGCCAGAGGGGUGUUUCAGGAGAAAUUGGUACUCCAGGUCAGAAGGGAGAGGUUGGAUACACCGGGCCUUAUGGCCAGAAAGGACCAAGAGGACCUGGCGUUGUGCAAUGUGACUUGGUAAAGAAAAUCAGAGACAACUGUCCUUGCUGCUAUGGUCAGCAGGAGUGCCCACUCUACCCUACCGAGCUGGCCUUCGCCCUGGACACCUCCGAUAGCGUGGGUAGACCGGCCUUCAAUAACAUGCGUGACGCCGUGCUCCGCCUGGUUAGCAACAUCACCAUCUCCGAGAGCAACUGCCCGCGCGGCGCCCGAGUGGCCCUCACCCUCUACAACAAUGAAGUGACCACCGAAAUCCGCUUUGCAGACGGGCUGAAGCGGCGCGCACUGGUGCAGCAUGUGGAGGGCCUCCAGGCAUUACAGACGCGCAAACAGCGUAGCCUGGAGACAGCCAUGAACUUCUUGGCGCAGAACACCUUCAAGAGGGUGCGCAGCGGCUUCCUCAUGAGGAAGGUGGCCAUCUUCUUUGUUAACGGGCCAGUGAAGGAUCAGCGGGCGGUAAGCGCAGCCGCCCUCCGCCUCUAUGACUCCGGCAUUGCCUCAGUGUUCCUGACCAACAAAGAGGAUGGCCAGCUCACCAGAGCUCUGAAGAUGAACAGCACUGGGUCCGCACUGGGUCAGGUGAUUGUGCUGCCCAAUCCCGGAAGUGCACAGUACAACUCAGCUAUCCAAAAGGUCAUGAACUGCCACAUCUGCCUGGACUCCUGCGCCCCGGACCAAAUGUGUGACAAUGCCCCCCCUCAGCAGUCACGAGACAGGAGGGCCUCCACCACCGAUGUGGACAUUGACAUGGCCUUUGUCAUGGACAGCUCCGAGACCACCGACCCCACCGUCUUCACUGAGAUGAAACGCUACGUUGCACACAUCGUAGAGCAGCUGGAAGUCUCGUCGGACCCCGUGGCAUCCAUCCACCACGCCCGCGUGGCCGUAAUCCAGCAUGCGCCCUACGAGUUCAUGCGCAACAGCAGCGGCUCACCCAUCCUUGUGGAUGUGGGCCUGACUGACCACCGCUCGGCCCAGGACAUCCGCAACUUCCUGCUUGAGAAGACGCCCCAACUGGAGGGUGGGCGGGCGCUGGCAGUGGCCAUCGAGCACACGGUGGAGCAGGUGUUUGAGAAAGCACCCCACCAGCGAGACCUCAAGGUUCUGAUGUUGUUUGUGACAGGCCCCGUGGAGCAGGAUGAGGAGCGGCUGGUUGCUGUGGCCACCGAGGCCAAGUGUAAGGGCUAUUUCUUGGUCAUCCUGGGUGUGGGCGAGAAGCUGGGUGCUGGGGACACCCGCGUGCUGACGCGCAUGGCCAGCGAGCCGUCCGACGUCUUCUUCAAGAGGCUGACCAGCACCACGCACUUCUUCGACAAGCACAUUCAGAACUUUGGCCAACUGCUGCCCAAGUAUCUCAGCAUUGAGAACGCUUUCUACAUGUCCCCUGAAGUCUCCAAAAACUGUCACUGGUACCAGAGUGACCAGCCAUUCCCCAAGUUCCCCUUCCCCAAGUCACACCACAGCCAAGAGAAACAUCAAAAACACGAAAACCACCAGGCAGUCCAUCCAAGAAAGCACAACGACCAAGACUCAGACGAGUUGCACGUAGCCAACGUCACUUCCAGCAGCCUGACCCUGCGCUGGGCCAGCCCGGACCCCAAGCACAUGGCCUACUUUAAGGUGGUGGUGACGCGCCUGCGUGACAACACACUGGUGUUGAGGAGAAAUGUGACGGGCACGGAGCUCACUGUUGGCGGCCUGGAGAGCGCCCAGACCUACCACGCCGUGGUGACCACACACACCGCCCAGGGCCACGUUGCGGCCACCCACAAAGGCGUUAUGACCACCAAAGCAGCAUCAGAGCAUAAGGUCACUGCCCCCAUGGAGGUGACAGGUAUCAUGGCCACUACACCACUGGACAGACCAGAGAUUGCAGAGCCUCAGCAACAAGUGGAGCAUCAGCCCAAGACUGAGAUCCUUCCAGCUAUUGCGGCCUUGACAGGAGUGGAAGUUUGUCAGCUCCCCAAAGAGGAAGGCACCUGCACAAAGUUUGUUCUCAAGUGGCACUACGACCCCCUUAGCAAGAACUGCACACGCUUCUGGUACGGAGGCUGUGGCGGCAACCAGAAUCGCUUCGAAACUCACGAGGAGUGUGAGAAGGCCUGUGGAAAAGCAGCUCUGCCUCGAGGGCAGAAGGCAUGGGAUUGGUUGGAUGAAAGCCGUGCAAACAGCGGACGGCGUUCACAGCGACGAGUGAGAAUAAAAGGAAAGAGAAGAAAAGGCUCCCUAGGUGCACCUGUCAACCAAGGAGUCAUUGCCGCAAUAAAAACGUAGGAGGACAUUGAUUCACUGUCAACAUAUACGUCUACUGAGGAGAUUCUGAGGAAAAUCAACAAAAAUGGCCAAAGAGAAGCUGAACCAAAGGAGAGGUGGCUGCACUGGAUUCCACAGACAGGAUUUGAUCAAAAUAAGUAUUGAAGUAGUCUAUAUCACAAAAAGAAAGAAAGCAAAUCAAUGUGCUGCAUGAUAUUUCCUACUGGUGCUACUUAGUGUUUUCUGUGUGUUUUUUUUCUCUGGUUAAGUUGCGGACUACAUCCAGUGUUUGUAAUGUAACAUUUCUGGAACAGUUACAAAAUGUUUUUCAUUGAAAAGUUCAACUCAUCAUUUUAUUAAGUAAAUGUGUAUGAAUAUCUUGGGACAUAGAUUAUCAAUAAAUCAAGUCAGGUCCACAAUGACUUUUGAAAGAGUCACCAUAUGUUUAUAUUACUUCACUAUAUCCCCCAAUACAGACGUUCACUCACCAUGCUGAUGUUUACACAAGUCCAAGCUGGCAGUGUGUAUAUAAUGACAGUUAAAACCAAUUCCUCAGCAAGGAAAGGAAAUCAUCAUGCAAUGUAAAUUCCCUUCUGGAACCACUGCCAACCACACAUGUUCCAGUUUUUGAAUAUGGAAUCUACUUAUCAAGCUGUUAGUGUUUUUUUUGUGUUUUUUUUACUUAACUUUGUGUUUCAUCUGGGAACGGGGGAAAUAAACGUUUUAUUAGACUUUCUAAUAAACUUGA